GGAGUGGAUUUCAUCAGUAAUGUGGGAUAUGAGGCUCUCAUCCAGAGACUCUGUGAGGGUCGACGAAUGUGCAAAGAUAUGGAGGAGCUCUUGAAGAUGAGGUAGUCCUACAUUGUGUAUGAAAUUAUAUUAUGCCACAAUUAUAAGUUAAGAAAUAUUGUGUUUCCAUUGGAUAGGGCAUCUGCAGAAGAGAGAUAUGGCAAAGAGUUGGUGAUGAUUGCACGCAAGGCAGGGGGACUCUGUGAGAUCAAGUGAGUGGCUCUGCUCUCAAGAUUCAUGGAAACUAAAUACCUUACGUUUUGGUGGAGAGAGAGAGAGGUAUGUGUGAAAUGAAUGUAUCUGCACAUUCUCACAGUUAUUUUCUUUUCACAGCACUUUGGGAGCAUCCCUUGACCAACUCAAAGUCCGUAAGUAGAACACAACUUCAAUUGUCCACCUGUUAGCUAUGCAGCGGCACUCUACUUCAUCCCAGAUUUGUAAUGUUGUCUAACCUCAUGUUUUGUAGAAAUUGAGAACAUUGGAAAUAUACAUCUACAUCUGUCUGGGAUGUUAAAGGAAGAGGUCAAGAGGAUGGAACAGUUCAGGGAGCGACAGAAAGAGCAGAGAAAAAAGGUUUUUGUUUGACAUUUAUAGUAUUCACCCACAUGAGGAAAUUGUACAGGGGUUUUUACUUCUCUCUGACAGACAGGGAAGUAAUGUGGCUACUAUAAUCACCCUAUAAUGUUUCCAGAAUUACUGGAAGGUUUGAGUUGUCCCACCUAAUGUGAAUACCCCAAUCUAAACACUGUAGUGAGGUACAGUACAUAGACUUCUUUAAGUUAGUUUCUCAGGUCAUAUUCUAGGAACCCUGCAUGUCUAAAGACAUGCUAUUGUUAGCUCAUGGUGUUGAAUAUCUACAUAUAUUGUACUAUUAUUUCAUAUACUUUGAUUUCAAAUGUUCAUAACCAUUUGCUGUUUUCCAUGAUAAAUGACAGAAAGAGUAUCAGUGGUUAGAUUAGAUCAAUCCACUAUUGAUCUGUAAUUGAUCAGCUAUUUGUGCAUCAGUCAUAGUAUACUUUCCUCUGUCUCAGUUUGAAGGCAUCAUGGACAAGGUUCAGAAGAUGAAGGUGUCUUUAUACAAGAAAACAAUGGAGGUGAGCACAGUUCCUACCAAAAACCAUCUUCAUUUCUUUAUCUGUAUGCUCAUUUGUGUGACGUCAAACCCUUAACCUUAUAGUUAUGUUUGUCUGUGGUAGGUAGGGCUUGAUGCCUGGGCCUUGAAACGUUCACAUUAAGUAACUCAAUGUGUCAAGGUUAUUUUAGCUUUACUUACAAAGAACCUUUGGUUAGUAUGGUUCAAGAAAACCAUAAUGUUUUUCUGUCAGGCAAAAUUAUAUGCCAGUAAGUGAAUUGGUUAUGUACACAAAAAAAACAAGGCGCACCACCAAGCAGAUAGAAAUGGAAACAAAGAGGGCCAUUAAAGUCAAGAGAGAGGAUGAAGGAGAAAGACAAGAGCUGAGGAAGGAGUGUAGAGGUGGAACAAGCUGAAGUGUAAAUGUGAGUGCACAAUAUGUACUGUAGAUACACAAUGCAUACAAAGCUAUGUGGACACCCCUUCAAAUUACUGGAUUUGGCUAUUUCAGCCACACCCGUUCCUGACAGGUGUAUAAAAUCGAACACACAGUCAUGCAAUCUCCAUAGACAAACAUUGGCAGUAGAAUGGCCUUACUGAAGAGCUCAGUAACUUUCAACGUGGCAACCGUCAUAGGAUGCCACCUUUCCAACAAGUCAGUUUGUCAAAUUUCUGCCCUGCUAGAGCUGCCCCGGUCAACUGUAAGUGCUGUUAUUGUGAAGUGGAAACAUCUAGGAGCAACAACGGCUAAGCUGCGAAGUGGUAGGCCACACAAGCUCACAGAAUGGGACCACCGAGGGCUGAAGCCCGUAGCGCGUAAAAAUAAUCUGUCCUCAGUUGCAACACUCACUACCGAGUUCCAAACUGCCUCUGGAAGCAACGUCAGCACAAUAACUGUUCGUCGGGAACUUCAUGAAAUGGGUUUCCAUGGCCGAGCAGCCGCACACAAGCCCAAGAUCACCAUGCGCAAUGCAAAGGGUCGGCUGGAGUGGUGUAAAGCUCGCCACCAUUGGACUCUGAGCAGUGGAAACGUGUUCUCUGGAGUGAUGAAUCACGCUUCACCAUCUGGCAGUCCGACGGACGAAUCUGGGUUUGGCAGAUGCCAGGAGAACGUUACCAUAGUGCCAAUUGUAAAGUUUGGUGGUGGAGGAAUAAUGGUCUGGGGCUGUUUUUCAUGGUUCGGGCUAGGCCCCUUAGUUCUAGUGAAGGGAAAUCUUAACCAUACAGCAAACAAUGACAUUGUAGACGAUUCUGUGCUUCCAACUUUGUGGCAACAGUUUGGGUAAGGCCCUUUACUGUUUCAGCAUAACAAUGCCCCUGUGCACAAAGCGAGGGCCAUACAGAAAUGGUUUGUCGAGAUCGGUGUGGAAGAACUUGACUGGCUUGCACAGAGCCCUGACCUCAACCCAAUCGAACAUCUUUGGGAUGAAUUGGAAAGCAGACUGCGAGCCUUCCCAGAAGAGUGGAGGCUGUUAUAGCAGCAAAGGGGGGACCAACUUCAUAUUAAAGCCCAUGCUUUUGGAAUGAGAUGUUCGACGAGCAGUUGUCCAGAUACUUUUGGUCAUAUAGUGUGUGUGAAUUCUGUGGCAAGCUGAGGAAGUGCCUCUCAGCUAAGCAAAUCCUGCACUGUCUGAUGUAUCUUAGUCUCUCUGCUUACAGAUUGCACUUUAUGUUCCUCAUCUUGCAGCAGCUUCCUGUAAAGUUUAAAAUAAUAACAGCUGUCAUUAUCUAAUAAUUGGAGGUAUGUACAUUGUGUAGUUUUGUAAACCAGACAAGAGGUUUCCUUUCUGUGUGUCCUUUCCCUCCCAGUCUAAAAGGUCAUAUGACCAGAGGUGCAGAGAGGCGGAUGAGGCAGAGCAAGUUGCUGCGAGGAUGAGCAGAGUAGCUACCACCACAUCCAAGCAGGCUGAGAGGGUAAAUCACUUUACUCUUCCCAUCCACACUGGACAACACAUCUACUAACCUGACAAUGGGAACAAGGCUUAGAAAUAGACCAUUAAGUUGAAUGAAAUUAGAGCAUAGUACUCCCUCUGAGUACUUGUGUAAGAUUGACCUACAACUACUGUAUGUUCAGUCUGUACAUGUUUAGAAUUGUUGGAAUAAUUACAAAGGAUGUGUAUUGCAGAGGAUGUUAGACUUUCAUCAUAGAGUGAAUGUAAACACGCAUUCUGCACUGUUGCUGUGUGGGACAUUAAGUAAAACCCUUGUUCAUGGAGAUUAACGCAACCUUCCCCUUCAACUGAGUGUUGAAAUAGAAAGGAUUUCCAAUUAUGUCAUUGGAAGAUAAUUUCCGUACUCUUUAGUACUGACAUUUAUGCAAUUGUUUCCUGUCAGUCACAGUAAAUUCCUGUUCUUUUGCAGGUGCAUAACAAGUCUAAGCAGUGCAGGGAGGCAGCAGGAGAGGCAGGUAAGGGAUACUAGGCUAGUGAGCUCUUAUCUUUUCAAAUGUUUUUCUAAAUACUGUCGCUCUACUACGAAUAAAGGCAGUCUAUGACUUGGUUAAUAAAAAAAUUACGAUUAAUCCAGUAAAAAUUAAUGUAUAGAAUUUAUUACACGAGACAAAAUUCACAAAUUCUACAGCACAACGGCAGUCAUGUCUUAAGUGUAAAACUAACAAUGUCUCAAUAAUCCAUGCCUUCUGGGAAUGCUAGAAAGUCCAAAAGUUAGGGGCGGAGUUAGACAGUUGGCUGUCAGAAGUAUUACAAUGUGGUAAAUUUACUUUUAAUCCGUCUGCUUGUAUAUUUCAAGACAUGGCAUAUGAGGAUGCAGUGAGCUACCCGAUGGGUUGGACAAUACUUUUCUCGUCAAACAUCUUGAAAAAACGUGUAUACUUAAACUGGAAAUCAACCAAUCCUCCAUCGUUAACACAAUGGAAAUGUCAAAUGUUUUAUUAUCUAAAUGUUGAAAGUGCGUGGGCGACGGAGAGAAACAAAAUGGAGCAGUUUGAGGCCAUGUGGCAGAGAGUGAUGCGGGCGCUGGAGAUGAGGUUGUGAGGGAGCAGGAGGGUCAGGUGUGAGGUCGUUGAUGUUUGUGUGUCUGUAUGCUGUCAUUUGUUUGUGUAUGUUUUGUAAUAUAAAAAUAAAAUAAAAGGUGAGGUGAGAGAAACAUAAAGGACUGUGUAUUAUCUGAGUACCACCUUUUCUUCUUUGUCUGCAGAAAAACAAUACAGGUCAAACAUUGAACAGCUAGACAAGAUUCGUCAAGAAUGGGAAACUACACACGAGAGUAUUUGUGAGGUACAUUGAGCCAUAUUCUGAUGUUAGUCCUAGCAAAGAAUUCCAGUUGGAUUGUACAGUAUGAUGAGACACACUUUUCUUAAAUGACGUAAAUAUUUGCUGUUAGACCAGCUGCUGGUCCACAGAUUGUUGUAAAAAGGGGAUGUCCAUCCUAUACAGAUUAAUCAUACAAUGGAGAUUUGGUUUGCAGGUCUUUCAGCAGCAGGAGGGAGAUCGUAUCAACAUCCUGAGGAAUGCCAUCUGGGUCCACUGUAACCAAUUCUCAAUGCAAUGUGUCGAAGAUGAUGAGGUUGGUGAAGUUUGUCUUCUCUUACCAUGUUGUACUAUAAUCCAGUAUGUAAGACAAUAUACAGAAUUUGUAUCAACUGUACCAUAUAGAAGCUAUAAUAACUACUAGAUUAUAACUGGUCUGUAGAGCUGAUUAGUAAUGAAUAAAGAAAGUAAAUUGAAUGUGUUUGAGCCGUGCCCCAAAUGUACUUUCAGUGUUAUGAAGAAGUGAGGAAAACUCUAGAACUGUGUGACAUCACUGCAGAUAAUGACUGCUUUGUUGAAAUGAAAAGCACUGGCUCAAGUCCACCAGGUAAGUACAGUACACCACCUGUCCAGUUUGCUGGUUUGUGUACAUGAAUAUGUUCCAGGUCUGAACAUUUCAAUAUUAUCUCUAAACUCUUUAAAUGUCAACUUAGUAAAACAUUGAUGAGAAUAGAGUGCCUUUGGGAAACUAUUCAGACUCCUUGGAUUUCUUCAUAUUUAAUUGACAUUUUUUGUCAACAAUCUACCCAAAAUACUCUUUAAUGGCAAAGUGGAAUAAUACAAAAUAAAUAAUAAUAAUAAUACAAAAGUAAUAACUAAAAUAUAGUCAUUGCAUAAGUAUUCAGCUCCCUGAGUCAAUACAUGUUAUAAACACCUUUGGCAUCGAUUACAGCUGUGAGUUUUGUUGGGUAAGUCUCUAAGAGUUUUGCACACCUGGAUUGUGCAAUAUUUGCCCAUUAUUCUUUUCAAAAUGUUCAAGCUCUAUCAAGAUGUUGGGGAUUAUUGCUAUACAGCAAUUUUCAAAACUUGUCAUAGAUUUUCAAGUAGAUUUAAGUCAAAACUAUAACGUGGCCACUCAGGAACAUUCACUGUCUUCUUGGUAAGCGACUCCAGUGUAGAUUUGGCCUUGUGUUGUAGGUUAUUGUCCUGCUGAAAGGGGAAUUCCUCUUCCAGUCUCUGGUGUGAAGCAGACUGAAGCAGGUUUUCCUCUAGGAUUUUGCCUGUGCUUAGCUUCAUCCCGUUUCUUUUUAUUCUGAAAAACUCCCCAGUAUUUGCCGAUAUCAAGCAUACCCAUAACAUGAUGCAGCCACCACCAUGCUUGAAAAUAAGGAGGCAGUUACUCAGUGAUGUGUUGUGUUGGAUUUGCCCCAAACAUAAGGCUUUACAUUUAGGCCAAGUAUUACUUUACAAGAUCCAUCCUCAGUUUUCUCCCAUCACAGCCAUUGAACUCUGUAACUGUUUUAAAAUCACCAAUGGCCUCAGGUUAACAUCCCUAAGCAGUUUCAUUCCUGUCCUGCAGCUCAGUUCAGAAGGACAACUGUAUCUUUGAUGUGUCUGGGUGGUUUAAUACAUAAUCCACAGCAUAAUUAUUAACUCGACCAUGCUUAAAGAGAUAUUCAAUGUCUGAUUUGUUAUUGUUACCUAUCUACCAAUCACUGCCCUUCAUUCUGAGGCUUUCGAAAAGCUCCCUGGUCUUUGUAGUUUAAUCUGUGCUUGAAAUGCAAUACUUAACUGAGGGACCUUACAGAGGUUGUAUGUAUGGAGGACAGAGGAAAGUGUUAGUCAUUCAAAAAUCAUGUAAAUCGUGUCAGAAAUAUAUUUGCGAUUUUCACUAUCACAAUUAUCGGCGCAGUUGCUGGCAUUGGCACAAAGGGGUUGGGUUUUGAUGAGUCUUGGCCCCUCACUGGCCAAUCAGAACGUGCUCCAUGGUGAAAUAUGUGGCUUCAAGUUGUGUAUUUACAGUAUUUCAUGUAUUGCCUUGGAAUCAAUUCCAAUGUUAGUCCCUUAAAGUUUGUUAAAUGGCUUACAGAAACGAAAUAACAAAAUGUAGACCUAUCUUUGCUAAAUACAUUAACUUGAACCCAUUUGCAGUCCACAUUGUUCCAAGUAAUUACAUGGGCUAGGCCUACUGUAAAUUGCAUUAUGGCUGAGCAUGGACAUGCCAAACAUUUUCAAUAAGCAAGGUUUAAAUUAAUUAUUAAUAAGGCCUGCAAAGAGAAUGAAUAAUUAUAAUCAAAUUCUACAGGCACCAUCAUUUCUCCCCGUGGGCAUGUAAUAUUAAAAGAACGCAGACUAUAGACGGUUUUACUCACAUCCAAAACUGGACCUGCUUGGCUAAAAUAAUGUGGGCCUGCUUACAAUGCAUGGAUAAAAAGGGAAUGUCCACCCUGCCCAUCUGAGCGCAAGCUAGUUGAUAUAAGACAGGUAAAUUGCCGAACCUCGAGUUAGGGCUGAAAAUGCCAGUGCGGCAGUUUUUACAUGACAAAAUAUACAUGACAAAAUAAAGUGCGUUUGACACUCGCGCCGCCUUAACGGCAGCCGAAAAUAGAGGCCUAUGUAACUUAUUUUACUCCUGAACUAAUUUAGGCUUGCCUAAACAAAGGGGCUGAAUACUUAUGCAACAACUAUUUUAGUUAUGAAUUCUUUAUUUUAAUAAAAAUAAAUAAAAGAAAGUAGAUAUAAAUCCAUUUUAAUCCCACUUUGUAACACAAUAAAAUGUGAAGAAAUCCAAGGGGUCUGAAUACUUUUGCAAGUCACUGUAUGUGGCCACAUGGAGAAAUAAUGUGUUCCCCCUUUGUUUGCACUUUGCAGUGCACCCACCUCGCUGUGAUACACACUUUACUUAGGCCUUGGGUGAGUUUGCUUUGCUAAAUGCCUGUGGUUUAUUCCCAGCUCCCAUUGUGUUUGAGAACUAUUAUGAGGGGGAGCCCUCGACAGACAGCAAUGGCGGUGCCUGCUUUGUAGGAGGAGUUAUGAAGAGGUUAGAGACACUUAUAAAUAGUUUUUAUUGCACUACAACAAUGCAUAUUUGAAAUCAUGCAACCAUCAAAACAACAUCUUUACAAUGUGAAACAAAAUAAGUUCUGUUUAAUUACUUUUAGGUUUUCAAACCUUUUGCAAGGGAACUCAACGGCUGGCUCUAAAACAAACGUCAAUGACUGUUCACAGCCACUAGCACCACCUACUGGUAUGUAUGCUGCAAAAAUUACUGUAACUACACUGAACAAAAAUAUAAAUGCAACAUGUUAGAUGUUGGUCCUGUGUUUCAUGAGCUGAAAUAAAAGAUCCCAGAAAUGUUCCAUACGCACAAAAAGCUUAUUUCACUCAACUGUUGUGCACAAAUUUGUUUACAUCCCUGUCAGUGAGCAUUUCUCUUUUGCCAAGAUAAUCCAUCCACUUGACAGGUGUGGCAUAUCAAGAAGCUGAUUAAACAGCAUGAUCAUUACACAGGUGCACCUUGUGCUGGGGACAAUAAAAGGUCACUCUAAAAUGUGCAGUUCUGUCACAACACAAUGCCACAUAUGUCUCUUUGAGUGAGCGUGCAAUUGGCAUAGUGACUGCAGGAAUGUCCACCAGAGCUGUUAAAACGUUGUUUUAGAGAAUUUUGCACCCAACCGGCCUCACAACCGCAGACCACGUGUAACCAUGCCAGCCCAGGACCUCCACAUCCGGCUUCUUCAACUGCGGAAUCGUCUGAGACCAGCCACCCAGACAGCUGAUGAAACAGUGGGUUUGCACAAACGAAGAAUUUCAGCUCAAACUGUCAGAAACCGUCUCAGGAAAGCUCAUCUGCGUGCUCGUCAUCCUCACCAGGGUCUUGACUUGACUGCAGUUUGGCAUUGUAACCGACUUCUGCGGGCAAAUGCUCACCUUCGAUGGCCACUGGCACGCUGGAUAAGUGUGCUCUUCACGGAUCAAUCCCAGUUUCAACUGUACCAGGCAGAUGGCAGACAACUUGUAUAGCGUCGUGUGGACGAGCAGUUUGCUGAUUUACAUUUACGUCAUUUAGCAGACGCUCUUAUCCAGAGCGACUUACAAAUUGGUGCAUUCACCUUAUAGCCAGUGGGAUAACCACUUUACAAUUUAUUUAUUUAAUUUUGGGGGGGGUAGAAGGAUUACUUUAUCCUAUCCCAGGUAUUCCUUAAAGAGGUGGGGUUUCAAGUGUCUCCGGAAGGUGGUGAGUGACUCCGCUGUCCUGGCGUCGUGAGGGAGCUUGUUCCACCAUUGGGGUGCCAGAGCAGCGAACAGUUUUGACUGGGCUGAGCGGGAACUGUGCUUCCGCAGAGGUAGGGGGGCCAGCAGGCCAGAGGUGGAUGAACGCAAUGCCCUCGUUUGGGUGUAGGGACUGAUCAGAGCCUGAAGGUACGGAGGUGCCGUUCCCCUCACAGCUCCGUAGGCAAGCACCAUGGUCUUGUAGCAGGGGUGACGUGAGAGCACUUGGGGAGGUUGAACACCAGACGGGCUGCGGCAUUCUGGAUGAGUUGUAGGGGUUUAAUGGCACAGGCAGGGAGCCGAGCCAACAGCGAGUUGCAGUAAUCCAGACGGGAGAUGACAAGUGCCUGGAUUAGGACCUGUGCCGCUUCCUGUGUAAGGCAGGGUCGUACUCUCCGAAUGUUGUAGAGCAUGAACCUACAGGAUCGGGUCACCGCCUUGAUGUUAGCGGAGAACGACAGGGUGUUGUCCAGGGUCACGCCAAGGCUCUUCGCACUCUGGGAGGAGGACACAACGGAGUUGUCAACCGGGAUGGCGAGAUCAUGGAACGGGCAGUCCUUCCCCGGGAGGAAGAGCAGCUCCGUCUUGCCAAGGUUCAGCUUGAGGUGGUGAUCCGUCAUCCACACUGAUAUGUCUGCCAGACAUGCAGAGAUGCGAUUCGCCACCUGGUUAUCAGAAGGGGGAAAGGAAAAGAUUAGUUGUGUGUCUUCUGCGUAGCAAUGAUAGGAGAGGCCAUGUGAGGAUAUGACAGAGCCAAGUGACUUGGUGUAUAGCGAGAAUAGGAGAGGGCCUAGAACUGUGCCCUGGGGGACACCAGUGGUGAGAGCACGUGGUGCGGAGACAGCUUCUCGCCACGCCACUUGGUAGGAGCGACCGGUCAGGUAGGACGCAAUCCAAGAGUGAGCCGCGCCGGAGAUGCCCAGCUCGGAGAGGGUGGAGAGGAGGAUCUGAUGGUUCACAGUAUCAAAGACAGCAGACAGGUCUAGAAGGACAAGAGCAGAGGAGAGAGAGUUAGCUUUAGCAGUGCGGAGAGCCUCCGUGACACAGAGAAGAGCAGUCUCAGUUGAAUGACCAGUCUUGAAACCUGACUGGUUUGGAUCAAGAAGGUCAUUCUGAGAGAGAUAGCAAGAGAGUUGGCUUAAGCAUAAGCUACGGAUAACGAACACAAUUGCAUUUUAUCGAUGGCAAUUUGAAUGCAGAGAGAUACCGUUUUUGUUAAGGUAUAUGUGACCAACAGAUGCAUAUCUGUAUUCCCAGUCAUGUGAAAUCCAUAGAUUAGGGCCUAAUUUAUUUAUUUAAAUUGACUGAUUUCCUUAUAUGAAAUGUAACUCAAUAAAAUCUUGUUGCAUGUUGCGUUUAUAUUUCUGUUCAAUGUAAAUACAUUAAGUGUGGUACUUUUCAGUGUGUGUAGGACUGUCAAUAGAAACAAUUUUGUGGACAGGGUAAGGGAGAUCAUGUUUUUCCACAGUCAUUACAUUGUUACUUGUCAGGUAAAAACUGAGACUGAGAGGAUCACGAUGUAUGUUAUUUUUCUAUGCUCCCUCAUAACAAUGCAUUGUGUUGAUCUUAAAGGGAAAAGUCUUGUUCCAAUCAUAAUUUGGAAACAGUAAUAGCCCAUAACUUUAUCAUGUAGGUUUUCCAUCUAUUUAUUUGACCACCAGGGGGCACAAACAUCUGAAUUCAGGUCAACUGUCCCUUAACCUAACGUAGCAGGCGAUGAAAUACGCCUGAGCGGAGUUCCCCCUUCUGUUUUUCAGGGGAAACUAAAAUUAGGUUAGAAAUACUGUAUCCCUGAAAUCCAGAAACGUCCGCUUUCUGCCAUCGCUGCUAAGGGUGACUGUCCCUUGGCGUAAAAGUAUAUGUUUGAGCAAUAUUAAGCAGGGUCUGACAUCACAUGGGAUUACUUUUUCAGUUGUCAAUAGAGGUAGUAAUGAUGUUUCAAACUGCCAGUUGCUUGACCCAAUAACUGAUUAAUCUGCUUGCCUCUAUGUGUAAUCCUUAGCCGACACAUCAGAUGGAGUGUACGCCUCCAUUCCUGGAUUUCAGCGAGUGGAGCCAACCAUCUCUGAGAGCAGAGAGGAGUACCAGGCUCUAUAUGACUAUGUGGCUCAGGUCAGAAUGCGCUGACACUCUAUAUGCCUGCAUUCAACAUAUAGGCCUACACUAAUAAUGAGUGGAUUCACGUUUCUGUGACAUUUGAACCACAACUUAACUAACCCGGCCUUGUCCUUGUCCAUCUCUAGGGUGAGGACGAGCUGUCCAUGUUUGCAGGGGAGACGGUUGUGGUCAUUGAACAAGAUCUGGAUGGCUGGUGGACUGUGGAGAGAAACGGCCUGUCAGGACUGGUCCCUGGAUCCUAUCUGGCCAAAGAAUGA